AUGACGGUCAGAACUCCAAGUACGCCCGCCUCAAAAAUUGAUCGGACGCCGGUAGCCACUCCAGGUGGGCCAAGAGCAAAGGAAGAGAAAAUAGUAGUAACAAUAAGAUUAAGGCCUAUGAACAAGAGAGAGCAAUCGUCUAAAGACCAGAUAGCGUGGGAAUGCCCUGAUGAUCACACCAUCACAUUCCGGCUGAACUCGCACGAACGUGCAGCCCAGUCGAACUCCUUUGCAUUUGAUAAGGUGUUCGGUCCUGAUUGCUCAACUGAUGCUGUGUAUGAGGAUGGAGUUAGGACGGUGGCCUUAUCUGCUCUCAUGGGAAUCAAUGCUACCAUAUUUGCUUAUGGACAAACUAGCAGUGGAAAAACGUACACGAUGAGAGGAAUAACGGAGAAAGCGGUUAAUGAUAUAUACAAGCAUAUCAUGAAUACUCCAGAACGAGACUUCAAAAUUAAGAUAUCUGGCCUUGAAAUUUAUAAUGAAAAUGUCAGAGAUCUGCUGAAUUCAGAAUCUGGCCGUAAUCUUAAGCUUCUCGACGAUCCAGAGAAAGGAACUGUGGUCGAGAAAUUGGUGGAAGAGACAGCAAAGGAUGAUGAACACUUGAGACAUUUAAUCCAUAUUUGUGAUGCUCAAAGACAAGUCGGUGAAACAGCCCUUAAUGAUACUAGCUCGAGGUCACAUCAAAUAAUAAGACUGACGAUUGAAAGUACUCUCCGUGAAAACUCAGAUUGUGUGAGAUCAUAUGUUGCGAGCUUGAACUUUGUAGAUUUAGCUGGAAGUGAACGGGCUUCACAGACAAAUGCAGAAGGUGUCAGGCUUAGGGAAGGCUGUCAUAUUAAUCUUAGCUUGAUGACUCUUACAACUGUAAUUAGGAAGCUAAGUGUUGGAAAAAGAAGUGGUCACAUACCCUAUCGAGAUUCAAAGCUCACAAGGAUACUACAGCAUUCGCUUGGAGGAAAUGCCCGGACUGCCAUCAUAUGCACAUUGAGUCCAGCAUCAAGCCAUGUUGAACAGUCUCGAAACACCCUCUUAUUCGCUACCCGGGCAAAGGAAGUCACGAACAAUGCUCAUGUCAACAUGGUUAUUUCUGAAAAGCAGCUCGUCAAGCAUUUGCAAAAGGAGGUAGCCAGGCUGGAAGCAGAGCUACGCACACCGGACCCAUCCAGUGAGAAAGAAGUUAAAAUUCGUCAGAUGGAGAUGGAAAUGGAAGAAUUGAGGCGCCAGAGGGAUUUAGCACAGUCCCAGGUCGAUGAUUUGCGUAGGAAACUCGAGGAGGAGCAGAGGGCAAAAGUAUCUGAGUUUCCAGCUCCCCCUGCAAAGAAAUGCUUGUCGUUUUCGACAAACGUACUGCUGAAACACGAGGGGAUUGAGCAGGUAACAAGGAACACAGCUGGAAGGCAAACUAUGAGGCAAUCAUCAACCGCUCCUUUCACUUUGAUGCACGAAAUUCGGAAACUUGAGCAUCUCCAGGAGCAGUUGGGUGAGGAGGCUAACCGAGCCCUUGAGGUGCUACAGAAGGAGGUUGCUUGUCAUAGACAAGGCAAUCAAGAUGCGGCAGAAACUAUUGCCAAGCUGCAAGCAGAGAUAAGGGGCAUGCGUGCGGCCGAGCCCAACAACCCUUCUUCUUGUAAAGAAGUUGGAGUUGAGAAUGCUUUCACCUCCGUUAACAAGAGCUUGAGCGCAAAUCUUAAGGACGAGAUCACAAGACUUCACUCGCAAGGAAGCACCAUAGCUGAUCUCGAGGAGAAGCUCGAAAACGUGCAGAAGUCCAUAGACAAGCUGGUAAUGUCUCUUCCACAAGGCGGGGACCACCAGCACUCAAAGGACGAGAACAAAAAUGCGGAAAAGAGUGGAUCUAAAAAGAAGAAGCUGCUCCCAUUGGCUUCGAGCAACAGUCUUAACAGGCAUAACCUGAUACGAUCUCCAUGUUCGCCUUUGUCGGCCUCUCGCCAAGUGGUGUCGAACACAGAUAUCGAAAACCAAGCUCCGGUUUAUGAUGACGAUGUUGUGUCUGGAGAGACUCAGGCGGUCGAGAAGGAUACCCCGACGAAGAGCGAAGCGGGGGAGGUCUCAUCCAAGGAGAAUACUCCGUACCGCCGUUCGAGUUCAGUCAAUAUGAAGAAAAUGCAGCGCAUGUUUCAGAAUGCGGCGGAAGAGAAUGUGAGAAGCAUAAAGGCGUAUGUGACUGAACUCAAGGAACGUGUGGCCAAGCUGCAGUACCAGAAACAACUUCUUGUGUGCCAGGUGCUAGAGCUUGAAGCAAAUGAAGCUGCCGGAUACACUUUGGAGGACGACACAAAUACUGGCGAGAUACAAGAAGAGUCACCAGCAUGCUGGCAAGUGGCUUUUAGGGAGCAGAGGCAACAGAUCAUUGAGUUGUGGGAUGUCUGCCAUGUGUCCAUCAUUCACCGGACACAAUUCUAUCUUCUAUUUAAAGGGGACUCUGCCGAUCAGAUAUACAUGGAAGUCGAGCUUAGACGUUUGUCAUGGCUGCAGCAGCAUUUGGUCGAGAUUGGAACUGCCAGCCCGGCUCCAGUGGGAAACGAGCCAACGGUCUCUUUAUCAUCAAGUCUGAGAGCACUGAAACGGGAGAGAGAGUUUCUUGCGAAGAGGUUAACUACUCGUUUGACAGCCGAGGAAAGAGAUAUGCUGUACAAGAAAUGGGAAGUGCCCUUGGAGGGUAAGCAAAGGAGAAUGCAGUUCAUAAGCAAGCUGUGGACUAAUCCACAUGACGAGCGGCAUGUACAAGAGAGUGCCGAGAUUGUAGCGAAGCUUGUUGGGUUCUGUGAAGGCGGUAAUAUGUCGAAAGAGAUGUUCGAGCUCAACUUUGUGCUUCCAUCUGACAGGAGGCACUGGUUUGUCGGCUGGAACCAGAUAUCUGACCUCCUUCAUCUGUGA